GGAUAAUUUGUGCAGCUGUUGGUCAGCAGUAAUUGCUGGGGGUAAUUAAGGACAGCUGACAAACAUUCACGCUGUCCUAUGACCUGUUCCACACUCCGACCCUCGCGGAAGUGGCAUUGCAUGCUUCCCUGAUGCUUCCAAUACUGACCAUAGAAGAAGAAUAACAUUUCCGUACUCCCCUCGCCAUCAUUUUGUACUACGCUGUUAUGACGUGAGUAAGCCCUCCUAUCUAUCUAUCUCUCCUUGGGUCAUACUCAUGAACGACCAUCCAGGUACUUUGCUCUUAAAUUUGCGUUACGCCCCUUUAUGGGUGAAAACAAAUCGAAUGUCUCAUUGACUUACAUGCUACAUCGGCUAGCCUAAAUUAACACAUUCCAUGCUUCAGCCACGGCUGUUUGGCUAUAUUAUUUCAACAGCCGGCAACACAACACGUUUUCGUCAUGUUGCGCGUGAACAACGCUAGUCUACAGGUCCGUAUCUUUCGUUUAUUUAACCCCAACAUCACCAAUUGACUUGCAUGGGUUGUUUUCCCCCACAAAUGGGCGUAACGCACAUGGAAAACAUCAAGAGAAUAGGACAUGGUGAUUUUUUUUGUCAGCUGUCAUUAAUUAUCCCAUGCAAUUAAUGCUGACCGACAGCUGUUGUAAAUUGACAACAAACUGCACAUUUACCACUUUGACGUGAUGUUUUUAAUUCAGAAUGAAUCACCCAGGAUUAAAUAGAUCUGUCAAGUUCACUUUGAUCUUUCCUUUAAUUACGAAUUAAGAGGUGUAUACAUGACGUUUUCAAAGCGGAAUUCAGCUUUAUUCAGAAUUAAAUGGAGUUAAUUCCGAAUUAAAUGUCUCAUGUAAGCGUAGCUAUUGACAACUGCUGGACAUCCUUUUCCAUUGGAGCCAGAACUUGCAGCAGCCGCUCACACCCACAAAGCAAUUCAAAUUCCGGACAUCUGGAGUCAAUUUUUUUAUCCAUCAUGGCGUCACAUCCACUGCAUCGAUGUGCACCAUGUCCUCAGGCCAAUGUAUUUCCCACCCAGUAAUCGUGCUUCUUCAAUCUAUGUUCUUUAGUUCAGUGUGUCCGCCUUUCUAAUGUGCUAUCAAACUGGGGACUGCUACACAAAAGACCAAAAGGCAUGCUUGAAGUGUUUCUGCGUGUGUGCUUGUGUGUAUGCGUGUGCAUUUGUGUGUGUGUGCGUGUGUGUUUCUGUGUUGAUUAAAAUGGCUUAUCAGUCCUCAUUUGUGACAUUACAGUACCUGAAUGCACUUAAGGUUUUUUCAUUCACAUUGCUUACAAACAUUUUUCACAAUUGCUGUAUAUUUCCCCGAAUCUCUGAACAAAAAUGACUACAACGACUGCUUGAACAAACUACCCAACACUCUUUCAAGUGCAAAAGUGAAGCGCUGUUUUCCAAACAGUCUGAGCAUACAGUAUCUCAAAAGCAUGUAUUUGUUGAGUUAUCAUACUCUUCUUGUCCACAGGCAGUUGACACCGGACAUAGACACACACACACACACACACACACACACACACACACACACACACACACACACACACACACACACACACACACACACACACACACACACACACACACACACACACACACACACAGACACGCUGUCUGGAGCCGAAGCCGGAGGCUGGGCCCCGUAUCCAGGGGCUUGCUGUGCAUAGUGACCCCAGGAAUGAUGCACCUGACAUGGGCAACCUGUGUGCUGCUGCUACCUCUGGUUACAUGUACACACCAUACCAACACCACCCCCUACGAUUCUCUACAGUGCUACAAUAACUAUGUGAGUUCACGUGCCCUCAUUACCUGUUCUUGGAUCGAAGAGGAAGGACCAAGAAACCACACACACACACCCCUGGUCCUCAGACACGAGCAUGGGUCCCGUGUGCCGUGUGUCAUCACCACCAGCUCAUCAGCCCAUGAGAGGGGAGAGACGGGUGAGAGUGAGAGGAGUGAGACUAGUGAGAGGGCCGUGCAGUGUGUGAUUAAUGCCACGGCCAUUGGGGGAGGCUUUUACUUGCCUCUCACCAUCGGGGGAGAGUACACAUUCUACUUCGACCACGCUGCAGCCCCCAACACACUCUCAGCCAACCUCGCCCAGCACGUGCACGUGUUGAGCCCAGAGAAACUGGCUGUGGAGGCCCUGCCAAAGGUCAAGGGUUACCGUCUGAGCUGGGCGAGCCCAUACCCUCAUUCUUCCAACCUGACCUCCGACCUCCACUACCAGGUCACCUACGGCACCGCUGGACACGACUGGACGACUCUGGACACCAGUCACACUUUUAGGGAGUUGAGGGCGGGGAGCUUGUUGCCGGGUCGACGGUACGAGGCCAGGGUGCGAGCGCGCUCCAGCCAGUGGCAAUGGAGCCAGUGGAGCCCCCCAGUGGCCUGGAAUACAGAGGAGGAGGUGGGUGCGUACGGCUUUUGGUGUGUGUUAGGGGCAGACUCACGGGUCACAUGUCACUGGCGGCUUCGCUCUGAGCAUGCUCAGAUCCUGGAGUACCGCCUGAAUUGCCACCACCUUCACAAUGACACUGCGGUGGACUGCUGCUGCUCUCCGCAGGUGUGCGGGUCAGAGGGCUCUGGGGAGGAGCUGGAGUUCUGUUGUCAGCUGUGUGUGUCGGACCUGCACCUCCUCCACGUGGAGCUCAAACACAUGUACAAAGACAAGACCUUUUACGCCCCGGGACACAUCCAGCCCGAGACCCCCCCAGGCUUCAAGGUGAAGUAUGUGGAGCAUCUGGAGAACAAGGGAGCCUGGAGGCUGAGCUGGGGGCCCCCAGACAUUCACAGCAACGUGCCCCUGCAGUACGAGCUACGCUACCGGCCACAGGAAGCCGAGGAGUGGAAGACCUUCUUUCUGGAUCGUAGCACUCGGUCCCACACCUUACCUGGCAACCUCCUGGACUCCACAGUCUAUGAGGCGGAGAUCCGAGCCAUGGUGGGCCCCUCCUCCACGUACAGUGGACUCCCCUCUCCCUGGUCUGCACCCAUCUCCUGGACAACACAGUCAGGUCCAUUCUCUGUGGCUGCUGUCCUGUACACAGCUGUGACGUUGGGGGUGUUCAUCGGUUUCAUUUUCUUGGUGCGGGCCGUUCCCAAGUUCCAGAGGAAGAUACGGGACUGGAACCUGUCUAUUCCAUCGCCCACACACAGCAAAGUCCUGCACGAGGCCAUUAAGAGGAAGGCCAGUGAUUGGUUGUUGGUGGUGAGUGAGAAGGAGAUGUCCACGUGUGUCAUUCAGGAGCCUGAACUGACCAGCACCAGUGGCCGUAAGGAGUCCGUGUGGUCGUGUUCAUCUGAGGAGUCGCUGCAGCUCCAGACCUACACCACCGGAGGGGGCUGCCAGAAAGAAAAGCAGCUGGACUGCUCAGCGUUCAGCUUCAAUGGGCCGUACAUCUCCUGCAGGAAGGACCACGCACACUCGUGCACACACGCCCCCUCCACAGAAUCAGACACAGACACAGACAACACCUCAUCUUCCUCUUUUUCAUCCCCAUCGUCUCCGAACACCAGUGAGUCUCCAGACCUGUCUGCAGACCAUGCUUCCCACUCCUCCUCCUCCUCCUCUCCCUCCGCCUCCUCUUCAGUGGUGGUCUCCCCCGUGUCCGACGUCUCCUUCCUCUCCUCUCUGUCGGAGGUGCGGGGAGGUUACGUGGCCACCUUGCAGAUGCCUGUGGAAGGAGGCGCCGCUCCCUCUGAGCACCCCCAGGACUGUACCCCUCUCCCUGCAGCGACUCCCCCUAGCUCCCUCUCCCAGCCUCCCAGCUCCCCACCACCCCCGGCCUACAGCCUCAAGCUGCCCGCCCUCCACACCGUGGUGCUCCCGCACCCCCCCGGUUACUGUUCGCUGCCCAGUCUGGACCUCGAAGGCUGGGCUCGCUCUCCCUCUGCCUCCCCCGGAGCUCCAGUGCAGUCCUCCACCACCACCACCACCACCAUGCACUUCCUCAAGGAGCCACCAGGGGGGCAUAAGGAGAAGGAGGCGCCACGGCAGGAGCAUGAAGGAGACAGCAGCAGCUCUUACGUCAGGCUUAAAUCUCCACCAAACACGUUUGAGUACUGCACGGGCGUUCCUCAGACAACGCUCACGAAGCAGGAUUCCAUCCCAGUGCCUUCUUGAAAUCACUGAAAAUCCACACCAUGACUGAAAAUCCACUUUGUCGCCUGCCUGUGUAGUUCC